CGAUCUCCGAGUCCGCUGCGGCACAGCGUACACUCCUUCUUCCUCCCACCACCACCAUCCCCGAGGGAUGCCUGCCCAAUCCACACUCUCUAGCGACGAAAAGUCGAAGGUUAAGGCCGCGGUCCCCGCCGGCUCGAAUAAGAUCCACACCGCCGCACUCGCGCGCAUCUAUUAUGCAUACCCGCAGCCGAACGAGUGGUCGUACGCCGGCCUUCAGGGCGCCCUCGCAUUUGUCACGGACAAGUCUCGGAAUGCACUUUAUAUGAAGAUGGUAGACCUCGCGGGGACGAGGGGUAUCAUUUGGGAGCAUGAGCUGUACGACGGGUUCGAGUAUUAUCAGGACCGACCGUUCUUCCAGUCGUUUCCCGGAGAUGACUGCAUGAUUGGCAUUGUCUUCGCCGACGAAGGGGAAGCGAAGACAUUCUACAAGAAAGUGACCACCACGAAGCCUAGCACCGAGAAACCCGCCAAGUCGUCUAAGAAGAAGAAAGCCUCGAAAGGCGGGAAGAUCGACAAGUCCAUGAUCUCCGGGCCGACCGCUGGCUCGUUCAAGCACGUCGCACACAUGGGCUACGACUCCGAGAAAGGCUUCACGUCCACGAACGUCGACCCGUCGUGGACGACCUUCCUGCAGCAGCUCGAGAGCCAGGGCAUCGCGCGCGAGAUGAUCGACAACAACAUGGACUUUAUCAAGGACUUUAUACGCGACGCGCAGAAGAGCCCCCCGCCCGCGCCCCCAACGGCGAAGAAGAAGCCGCCCCCACCGCCCGCUCCGCGGAGGGGCCAAACUGUCGCGCAGGAGAUGCCCGCGGCACCGCCGACGCCCCCGCCUGCCCCGCCCUCGCGUCCCCCGCCGUCCCGCGUUGUGCCCUCACCCGCGCCCCCUGCUCCCCCGAUGCGCAACAUGCCGUCGCCCGCUCCGCCACAGGCACCGCCCGCACCCCCUUCGCGCGCGGCACCUCCAACGGCCCCGCCAGCCCCACCAUCACGCCCGACGGCCGCCCCUCCACCUCCCCCGCCAACGCGCCCAUCGGCCGCACCGCCCGCGCCGCCACCCCCUCCGCCGACGCGUCCCAGCGCACCUCCCCCAGCGCCGCCUCCGCCACCCCCCACAAGCGGAGCGCCUCCCGCGCCGCCACCACCACCUCCUCCCACUGGCGGCGCGCCUCCCCCGCCACCACCUCCGCCACCACCACCUCCGCCCGGGGGAGGAGCGCCUCCGCCUCCGCCCCCUCCCCCGCCCGGCGGCGGGCCCAGCGCGCUCGCGAGCCUCCCUGCGCCGCAGCCCGACCGCGCAAACCUCCUGGCGUCCAUUCAGGGCGCGGGCGUGCAUAGCCUCCGCAAGACGGAGGGUGCGCCCCCUCGCGCAACUUCGCCGCCCGUCGAGGACAGCAGCUCGAGCGCAGGAGGAGGGGGAGGAGAUUUGACGGCGGCUUUGGCGGCGGCGCUGUUGGAGAGGAAUAAGAAGUUAGGGGAUAGUGAUGAUGAGGAGGAGGAUGAUGAUGAGUGGGAUUGAGUGGACAUUGGGGAAGAGUGGACGGAGAGGUGCUGUAUGUUAGUUUAAUAGUUAUGGUAGAUGGGCUUGAAUACCCUGCAGGUAAUGGUAAUGGACGUUGCUCUG